AGCCCUUGAAAAAUUUUUUCUCGAUUUUUUUCUUUGCUCGUCUCUCUUUUCUCUCUCUCCCUCGUCCACCGCAUAGAACAGAGAAAAAAAAGAAGCACAAGGAAAUAGAGAAGAAGCAAGCAUCCGAUUAGCAGCGCCGCGCGAGGCGCCCAUCGAAUAACCCUAAUGAUGCAGCAGCAGCAGCAGCAGCAGCCCUAUAUCCACAGCUCCGAGCGCUAUGGAGGGUAUGGCGGCGCGGCCAGGGCGGCGCGUGGCGGCGGCGGUAGCUUAGGCGGCGACGGCGACGAGGAUGGGGAGGAAGAAGAAGAGGAAGAGGAGGAAGAGGAAGAGGAGGAGAGCUCGGGCAGGAUGCUAGGGUUUAUGUUUGGGAACGUCGAUGACACGGGAGACCUUGAUGUGGAGUACCUGGAUCAGGAAGCGAAGGAGCACCUCUUUGCAUUAGCUGAUCAACUAGGUCCUUCACUGGUUGACCUAGAGCUAUCUUCCAAGGCUAGGCAAUUCACCGCUUCCGCGGCCUUGAAGGAACAAGAUGACUAUGACAGGAAGGCCGAGGAUGCCGUCGACUACGAAGAUAUUGACGAAGCUUGUGAAGAUGAUGGCCAAAUGCUGCCCGAGGAUAAACAGUAUUAUGCUCAAGCUGCUCUAGCUGUUCCUUCGAAGCAAGUUGAGGAGGAUGACUAUGAUGAAGAGCUUCCGGAUGAUACUGUGCCCGCUGCUCCAGACCUUCCUAAGCCGACUGACGAACCGCUUGUGUCUAUUGCAAGUGACGAAACACCUUUACCAACUCCAGAACUUCUUCUUUCGUCGAGUUCAAUACUGCCGUCUCCAAGUUCGGCGUCUCCUUUGUCUACUGCGCUACUUCCUGUUACGAGUCCAGAAGACCUUCCUUUAUCGAGAACACAGAUUGAAGUUGAGGGUUCUCCCGACGAGAUGCUCGAUGAAUCGGAGGAUGACAUCGACUCAGAAGAAGAGCUUUAUGAGGACUUAUCCGCAGAUGAUGAAAGUGAGCAGUUUGAAUUGCCAAUUAUGUUUCAAGAACACGGCAAGCAAAUUCUACAGUUUUCUGAGAUUUUUGGUGCGAAGCAGCCUUUUUGGAUGCUUGGUAACAAAAAACUACGGACAAAAAGGUCACACUUCAAAGGAAGACCCGGAAGAUUCGAUUCAAUGAUUGAUGAUGAUGAGGCUCAAGUCUUGAAAGUGCUACCUGAAAAUCACGAUAUCACGCAGCUGUAUUACCAGGAGAUUGAUGCUAGAGAAGGCCAGGAGCUGGCAGAUGAGCUCAACGAGGUAGGGCCGAAAUUCCUUAGCUGCCAACCUUUGGACAAGAAGCUUCCUGCGCUGGCCGACAUCGAAAAAGAUUUUUCAGUGAACUUCGAUCCUAUUCAUCAACUUGACUGGGAGACCGAAAUCGUGUGGGAUGCGGAGCGGAAACCGUCUCAAGACGAGGACUUCGAAAUUGCGGAGCCGGCAGAGGGAGACAGGCUUCACCUUCAAGCAUCAGUGAGCGGGAAGGACGCUUUUGACAAGCUAAUUAUUCUGGAACCUUUAUGUCGGGAUGGUAGACGGGCGUCAAAAACUGCUAGCAAACAUCCUCAAAUGCUCAGGUUGGAAGCUUGGCGACAUCAGCCGGGGAAUGAACUUUCGAGAAAGCUGGACAGGCUAAACUUCGAGGUGGAGCUCAAAAACCCGGACUUAGCGGCAGGAACGUGGCUGAGUAACGUUUGCUGGGAUGAGGAAGAUGCGAAGCAAAGAUCUAGCAAAUACAGGGCAAUUUUCGAUCUCAUGGACAGUCAUAUGGUCUUUGAGGUUUCCGACGUACGGGAAACGAAGAGCAUUCGGGACCAUGCAGCUGCUAUGUUGAUAAGCCCACGGACUUCGAAAGGAAAACAAUCAGAGACGGCGGACGUCAUGCUUCCUUCCCGCUUCAAUAUUUCGAACGAUAAGUAUUAUGUCGUAAAGAAGACGCCUCAGCAACAAAAGCUACAGGCGAAGAAGCGGGCUAUCGUUGGCGGAGUUAAGGUUGCGCAUUCUGUUCCUGCGUUGAGGUUGCAAACAAUGAAGCCUAAGCUGACGAAUAAGGACCUGGCGAAUUUUCAUCGUCCAAAGGCUACCUGGUUCCCUCACCACAAUGAGAUGACGGCCAAGGAACAAGGCGAACUUGCGGCGAGAGGGCCAAUGAAAGUGAUAUUGAAAACACUAGGCGGCAAGGGCAGCAGGCUUCACAUUGAUGCAUCUGAUACUCUAGAAACAUUCAAAAUGAAGGCUUCGAAAAAGUUUGGAGAUUUGAAGCCGUCGGAAAAUACGAAGCUUAUGUAUUCUGGACGGGAGCUGGAAUCGAACAAGUCCUUCGCAGAGCAACGAGUUCCCCCGAAUUCUGUUUUACAUCUAGUUCGGACUAAAGUUCAUCCAUGGCCGAAGGCUCAACGGCUUCCAGGUGAAAACAAGCCUACUCGACCACCCGGGGCGUUCAAAAAGAAAUCAGAAUUAUCUGUCAAAGAUGGACACGUUGCUCUGAUGGAGUAUUGCGAAGAACGUCCCCUUUUACUGAGCAAUGUUGGGAUGGGUGCAGUUUUGUCAACUUAUUAUAGGAAGAUGUCUCCGACGGAUAGUACAGCCGCAACAUUAAAAGAGGAAAGAGGUUCCUGGAUUGGUGCAGUUCUUCCACUUGAACCGGCUGAAGAUUCACCAUUUUUGGGAAACAUUCGCCUUGGAGAAACUCAGUCCUGUCUAGAAACGAAUAUGUACCGCGCUCCUGUUUUCCAACACCGCGUUUCAUCGACAGAUUUUCUUCUAGUUCGUUCUUCAAAGGGGAAGCUUUCCUUGAGGCGUAUUGAUGGCCUUCACGUCGUUGGCCAGCAGGAACCUCAUAUUGAGGUCAUUGCUCCUUCGUCAAAAACAGUUUUACACUACCUUGGUAAUCGGCUCCUAGUGCAUGUGUACCGGGAAUUUCGUGCAAAAGAUAAGCCUGGGAUGUCAUCACAAAUUGGGGCCGAUGAAUUGAUGGCUCACUUUCCAUCGCUUACGGAUGGUUUCAUUCGGAAACGUUUGAAACAUUGUGCCGACUUGCAGAGAGGACCACACGGAGAUAUGAGAUGGGUUAUGCGACAAGGUUAUCGCAUCCCAUCCGAAGAGGAGCUACGACGAAUGGUGACGCCUGAAAAUGUAUGCUCUUAUGAAAGUAUGCAAGCAGGGCAACAUCAUCUUAAGAGAAUGGGUGUUAAUAAGCUGACGCAUCAAAAUGGUCUUGCUGCAGCAAUAUGCCAGAUACCAGAUGUGCCUGUAACACUUGCCACUGCUGCCCACAUAGAGCGGGAACUCCUAAUCACUCCGUGGAACUUGACGGCGAACUUUGUAGCUGCUAUGAUGCAGGGUCGUAAUGGCAUUGAGAGACUUGAGAUUAUAGGUCCGGGUGAUCCGACUGGUAGAGGCCUUGGCUUUAGUUACAUACGAGUGGCUUUACGACCGCCUAACACUGGUGCAAUGGUCGAGAAGAAGGCAGCUGCUGCACGAGGUGGUGGUGCUGUUACGGGCACUGAUGCGGAUUUGCGUCGGUUAAGCAUGGAAGCUGCUCGAGAGGUCCUUCUGAAAUUUGGCGUACCGCAAGAGGAAAUAGAUAAGUUAACUCGAUGGGAUCGAAUUGCAAUGGUCAGAACACUCUCUAGUGAGCAUGCUGCUGCGGCAGAAGCAACAGGAGCUGCAGCGUUAAACAAAUUCGCUCGUGGUAAUCGUCUUCCGUUCGUCCAGUACAACAACAAGUUCGAGGUAGCGACACACAAAUCUGUCGAGUGGGACGAAAGCAUUCGUGUGAGUCUGGAGCGCUGGGUUCGAAGGUGCUCGCUCGUUUACCGGUACAGGCCCCGCGAGGUUUCAUACUUUAUGGACUUUACGGAUGCAAGCUUGCAAAUCGGCCAUCUGCUCUACACAUGGACACUCACAAGGAAGGGGAAGCGAGACCAUGCCGAGCUCCAGACGCUGUGCUCGACGAGCAAGUCGAUCGUGGAGCACGCACAGUCGGUAACAGCAGGAAGCAGCGAAGAGCGCGAGCUCUACCGUGCCGCCGCUGCCGUUUUCGGCAAAGAUUUUAGCGGCCAUUUCGCGCAGCUGUGCAAGAACGCGCAGUGGCAGGAUGGGGCGGUCCCUUUCUCGCAAUCCGAGCUGGGAGAGAUAAGGGAGCUGGCAUGGAGCGGGCAGUUUUUGAUCUUCAACUUCCAGUACACAGUUCCGGAGCAUUACUUUGACGGCGGCGCUAAACAACUGAGAAACAAUGUCCCGGUCGGUGCCAUGAUCGUCUACAUUGUUCACCUAAUAUUUGAGGAUCAUUUGGCUCUAGACAUUGAUCGCAAAAUUUGGACACAAGAGUGCAAGAUGGCUCUAAAUAGUCACCCCAAUCUUGCUAUAAGCAAGAACCAGGGAGGCAUUUUCAUUCCAUCAGAUGCGACUAGGAAGACGUGUCUAAUCGUUAAGAAGUGGGUAGAGUCUCCCAGAUUACAAAGGGCCGUGAGAGCCAGCGCUGGUGAAAUAGACGAUGCUAUGGUCAAGGCGAUUGCAGCAGGUGGCACAUAUUAUGACGAGGAACGCAAAGAUGUAUGGGCAAGAAUUUGUAGGGUUUUCAAAAUGAGUCAUGAGAGGCUCUCACUACAUAUUAUAGCAUACUCAGUUUUCAAAGAAAUAGUUUAAGAGUAUGCUUAAAUUGUAUA